AUGUCGGCCUCCUUACAGCACUUCGGACGAGGAGCUCUCCGAGUCGCAAAGAACUAUACCAAGGGUUACACAGACACCCAGACCAAGGUCCGGGAUGCGACGUCGAACGAUCCUUGGGGUCCAUCCGGGACGCAAAUGAACGAGGUUGCGCAGUUGACAUACAAUCAGAAUGACUUUGUGGAGAUUAUGGAGAUGCUGGAUAAGCGGCUGAACGAUAAGGGCAAGAAUUGGCGGCAUGUCUUUAAGGCGUUGACUCUGCUCGACUACUGUCUUCAUGCCGGCUCAGAGAACGUCGUCAUCUACUUCAAGGACAACAUCUACAUCAUCAAAACACUAAAGGAGUUUGUCUACACCGACGACGACGCAAAGGAUGUCGGCUCAAACGUCCGUCAGAAGGCCAAGGAUAUCACCAACCUCUUGGCAGAUGAGGAUAGGCUUCGAGCGGAACGGCGGUCGAGGGGUGCGAUGCGGGAUCGGAUGUUGGGGAAUAUCGCGGACUCGGGGUUGAAGGGUGAGGAGGACUACGGAGGACCCAGGCCAGCAGCGAGGGAGAUCAAUCAACGUCCACCAAACCGACCAUCCAACAACAACGAAGAGGACGACCUGCGGAAAGCUAUCGAAGAGUCCAAGCGGAUGAUGGAUGAUGAAGCGACCCGGCGGAGUCGGGUGACGCAGGAAGAGGACGAUCUUCGGCGGGCGAUGCGAGAGUCUGAAGAGGACGAGGCGAGGCGGAAGCGAGAGAGGGUUGAGGCGAAUCAGAAGGCGCUGUUUGACGAUUCGAACAAUCUGCAAUCCAACAAUCAGUACACUCAGCAACCUCAGCAAAUGGGUUUCGACAAUGGAUAUGGCCAGCUACCACUUCAGCCCCAAUUCACCUCGUACAAUCCCUUCCACAUGCAGAUGAUGCAGCAAGAGCAGCAGCGGCUCCAGCAGGAGGAGUACAUGCGGCAGCAAAUGCUCCUGGAGCAACAGCGGCAGCAGGAGGAGUUUAUGCGCCAGCAAUACCUCCUCCAGCAGCAGCAGCAACAGCAGCAGCAGCAACAAGCACUCAUGGCCCAACCUACCGGCUAUCGCUCCAACAACCCCUUCGCACCCUCCACCUCCUUCCUCGGCGCCAACAAUCCCGGCUCGUCCUUCACCCCUCAGCCCCAGCAGGCAUCGAGCAGUUUUCUGCCUGUUCCAAGUAUGCCCACACCCCAGCCUGAACCCCAGCAACAGCCGCAGCAGCAGCAGCAGCAGGCGAAACCGGCCUUCCAGGCUCCGGCGCGGAAAGACGAUGGGCAGCAUGCGGGGCUGGCGAAUUUGUUGGCGAGGGGGAGAGAGGAUGGGAUGGAUACGUUUGGGAAUACCGGGAAUCUGCGUGUACCGACCGGAUCGGCGUUCCACCAGUCCAACAGACUACACGUCCAGCAGACCGGGUUCGGGGGAAACAACCCGUUCGGUCAGCCGCAACAGCAGGGCCAGCAACAGCAGCAGCAGCAGAAACCGGCCGAGCAGCCAUUCUUCUCGAUAUAA